ACCCGGUGUGAUUGAAAAUUGAUAAUCCUAGAAAUACUCGUAUUUUAAAAUGUUGUUAUAUUUCAUAUCCAUCUUUUACAAAUGUGAAUCAUUCCCAAUUUAAUUUGUUAAAAGGAAAACCUUGCACUUCUAUAUACCGGUAUAUCUCUUAGCUCCUAUUCUAAAAUCCUUGUUUUAGAGAUACCGCAAACAGUUAAGUGGACUUUAGACUUUCAUAUUUUAGUAAGGAGCAAAAACAUCACCCUCAAAUCAAAUUUUGAAUAGAAUAAAAAUGUUCAACAUUAUUGAAACAUCCUGCCCAUAUAACAAUUGGGUCAUUACUGCUCGAAAAUUGUGUGCUGAUCCAGAUAGAUACCACUGUUUAAUUGAUGAAUUUUCUCGGACAGGAUGGACAUGCACGGAUCCAAUAUGGGUAGAAGCGGACAAAUGUCCGGUCUUCAACACUGCUGCGAAUCAGCUGAACUACGGACCAUGUGCUGGAAACAUUUGUCCAACUUCCCUUUAUCGGUCAUCUCUGUAUCACUUGUAUGAAGGAUGUAGGACAGCAGUGUUAGAAAUCACAACAUACUCAAAACCACUAAAUGUCACACCAACGUCUGAAGCCAAAGAACAUGUCGGCACAUCAAGACUUGCAUUAGCUUUGGGGUUAAUUUUUGGAAUUCUAGCAUUGUGCAUAAUAGCUGUUGCGGUUAUACAUUACAGAAGGAGAAAGCAACUUAAAGGAAACUAUAAAGAAGAUCCAGAAGAAGAGAAGGAAAUAUUAACACUCGAUGAUGACAGAGCAUUAGCUCGUACCAAACGAGCGUUUCAAACAGGGAAAUUUGUUGUCCUUAAAGGAAUACAAGGCGCGGGUAAAACUUUUCUGGCUAAGCGUCUUCGCGAAGAAUGGAUAAAACAAAAUGCAGACGUUAAAUGGAUUUGUGAACCAAAACAUAUGUCUGACAUAUCUCAAAGAAUCGGUUAUUGUAUACUGGAUGACUUAUUUUAUGAACUUCAGUUAGAAAAAGAGGUGCUCGAGAUAAGAAACAUGGUGAACCAAUUAUAUGAAAGAGUGGUUCUAAAUGGAAAUAAAAAAAUCCUUCUUACUGUUACAAGUUUAAUCAUGGACAGACAUCCGUCUCUCUUUGUAAAGCACCAUUAUCAGAAUGUGAUUGAUUUGGAUCAUCUUUGCACCGAAGAUUUAAAUGAAAUUUUAGAAUUUCACAUGGAACAAAAUAACAUUGUACGGGUUGGUAAAGACAACGGAAAUGAAAAAAGUUCAACAACCAAAAUGAGCGAAGAGAAUUUUGAAAGAGCAACGGCAACUACAGAUUCUGAUAUUGUUAAUGGUCGAGGUAUCGGGAAGCCAGCGUCAUUUGCUUUAGCUUGUAAAUUAAUAGGACAAAACAAAUUUAAUGAGCAAUUUGGUAGAUGGAUGAAAACACCAGUGUCGUGGUUGAUUUAUGACUUACACAGCCUAAUAAAUGAUGAAAGCCAAAAACGGUUAACUAUUGUUUUAGCAAUUGUCGCUUUUCAAGCUGAAGAACUUAACCCCCAAAAUAUCAAUUCUGAUCUUUUAAACAAAUUCUUGAAGCUCAAAAACUGUGAUUUUAAUAGCAACUGUCUUACUGUAACAUUGAAAGAACUGAAAAGAACUUAUCUAGAAGAAAAAAAUGGUGUUUUUUCCUUCCAAGUGCCUGUUGUGGGGAGGGUUCUUUCGAAAAUUAUGUUACAGAAAUAUCCGGAACUUAUCAGCUUGUGUGAUGAGAAGAUACGAAAACGAUGCGUGUGUGAUUCAUUGCCAACAAAUAUUUUUGGAGAAUAUAGAAAGUCUUUCUAUAUCAAAUGAACAUUUUGAUUUUAUAUAGUUGAAUUUUUUCAAAUUUUUUUUUGGAAAGGUUCUUUUGCUUGUACCAAUUGAUACUUGACUGCAUUUUCGCCAUUCAAAUGUUUGGAUACAUCAUAAUGUUACUGAAUGUCACUUUUUUCUAAAUCAUUGUUGAUCGUUCGAAAAACCUAUGAGAGAGAGGGUUCAAACAACUCUCCAUCAGUUUAAAACCGCCUUUUCAAAAGAAACAAGUGAAAAGAGCCAAUCUCCGCCACAGUAGAAAUAAAGAAAAUUCUGUUUGUGUUUGGGGAGAACCGGGGAGG